UAGGUGGGUCCCUUCGGUUCGGUGAUGCUAUCACUCCUUUCACCGAACGGCACUCUAUCGCCCCUCAGCUUCAGGUUUGAAAACCACAGCACGUUUCCCUAGCCCGUAUACGACUGCCCAGCACCGAGCUUCAGUUACUUCUCGCACGAUAGGCGAUUAGUAUCUUUGUGGAAACCAGGGAAGUCAACGAGCAAUCUCUCGGAUAGUUCCAGUCAUCAUUCAGAGAGCAUUAGCUUGAACGAGGCGCGGAAAUUCUAUUUUCUUAGCUCGUUAGAAGCCCGCACCCGACCAUAUAGAGCACCCGAGCAAAUACUUCUAAUUUGAAGUACUGGCAGCGCAGGCCCUUCAAAGAAAAGAUGCGUCGUAAAGUCUCUCUAUCACGCGCAGCGCUGUUAUCUGGCGACUCACUACUCUCCCCGAUCAAAAUAGCCCCCCGAGAAACACUCAUUUCUCGGGUCACGCAACUUGUUUCCCUCCUAGUCGCGAUUCACCUCCCUACCGCCCUAGCCGGGCCCUCUGCUUCCCCGCUUGCGCCAGCGAGCCCCCAAGUCUGUCCGCUAACGGGCCUUGCGCCGUCCACCCCCGCCAUUGCGCCAGUGCGGUGCCCCGCGGCUUCCGCGCAGUCGUGCUGCGGGGCUUGCGCGGACCUGAAUGCGGCCCUCGGCCUUGCUACCGCGAGUAUGAGCGACCUGGUGUCGCUCGUCAGUCCUGACGCGCUGAGCUUCGUGCCACCAAACUCUAAGGCGUGCGAUGCGUUCAUCGGGCAGAGCAAGUGCCUGCAGCUGCUGGAGGAUCUCAGCUGCGCUCUGACCUGCAAUCCAGAUGCCAGCGCGUAUCUCAGCGCCACUGCCACGGGCACGUCGAUCAGCGUGUGCGAGGCGUUCGCCCAGGAGGUGUUCGACAGCUGCCAGAGCAUCGACAUGGGGGAGGGGGUAUCCCUGGGCCGACUGGUGCCGGACCCUUCCAUGUUCAUGCAGGUCAUUGCAGCGAGUGUGGUUGUACUCAUGGGAGCACCCUCCGUUACGAUCACAGUUGAUCCGGCCUCCUGCUUCAACGGCACCGGCCUGUACCCCCGCUACACUGCGUGCUGCGACCCCCUCACCAUCCCCCCCACCUGCCCUCCCAACUCCAUCAACUCCUCCCACUCCUCCUCCUCCCUCUCCCCUCGCUCCUCCUCCUCUCUCUCCUCCCCUCUCUCCUCCCCUCUCUCCUCCCCACUCUCCCCUCUCCCCCAAACGCUAAACCCAGAUGCCUGUAUGCUAGGGAUCCUCCCCCCAUCCCCUGCUUCCGAGCCUGCCCCCUCUUCCGAGCCUGCUCCCGCUUCCAAGCCUGCCCCCUCCUCCGAGCCUGCUCCUGCUUCCGAGCCUGCGCCGUCCUACCCUGUGUGCCCCUUUACUGGAGAGCUCCCGAAAACCCCUACAAUAGUCCCCUCGCGCUGCCCUGCUGCUGCGAAUGAGACGUGCUGCGGGGAGUGCAGCGACCUGGGCUCAGCUUUAAAGCUCGUGGGAACGAAUCUUGAGGAUGUAGUGGUGCUGAUCGACCCAAGUCUCGUGGGAUUCGUUGACUCAGGCUUUAAGAUGUGUGACAUGUUCGCAGGAGGGCAGAUGUGCGAGCAAGCUAUAGAAGAUCUGCUGUGUGCCGUGACAUGUAACCCAGAUGCGGGGAAGUAUACCAGAGUAGCCGCAGACAGCACAGCCACCAUGGCUGUGUGCGCCAGCUAUGCUGAGUUCUUCUUUGGCGUCUGCCAAGGCAUUUCCAUCGGGGCCGUGCCUCUCAGCACUCUAAUCACUGGCUCAGAGUCCUUCCUAAGUGCUGUCGUCGCAAGUGUAAUGCAGGCCAUUGGCUACAGUAACUUCAACAUAACUGUAGAGAAGGACUCCUGCUUCGGCGGAUCUUCAGUAUUUCCUCUGGUGACCGCGUGUUGUGACCCCUUCGCUAUUCCGCAAGAUUGCCCUGCCGGAGCAGUCAACAAGGGACAAUUCAGCGACCUGAUUGGCCGGGAUCUCGACCCAUCUGUUUGCAAAACCCCCAUCCCACCUCCUUCGCCGCCUCCUCCGGACUCCUCAGUUGUUGGUUCUUCUACACCGCCUAUCCCUCCUGCUCCUUCUCACGAAUCACCAGCUCCGGUACCCAAUACGCCAUCACCGGCCAAGCCAGUUGGCCCCCCCCCUCCCGCUCCUCCACUGGGGAUAGUCGAGGCAUCGGGAAAACCUGCUCAUUUUUUGGCAAGCAGCACAACAGCAAGGAUCAUCCUAUGUUUGCUAGGCGUGUUGAGUAUCAUGUCAGAAAUCGUUCUAUGAAAAAUAGUGGCGAAUAAGGACCGUCUUGUAGAACUCGAGGGGGUGUAUAUUGUCAACUUAUACAUAUUAUCUAUGUAGAAGUUAUAGGCUAGACUGAGGUAUGCU